AUGUUUUCAUAUCUUCUCAGUUUAUCCCUUUCAUAUUUCAUACCACCAGAGAUAGGGACAACAAUAGCUCUUCAUUCAAUUCCAUUAGAAGAUGCUUUUGCUUUAUCUAAAAAUUAUUCCAUUGUUGUCGGCCUUGUUUUACCUAAAAACAGCUCUGAAUUAGCUACAGAAUUCUCAGCAUUCUCAACACUCUACAACAACAGUGUUUAUUUCACAAUGUUAAAAGCAAAAUCUGUCAGAAGGAAAUUAGGAACAUCAACGCCAGCAAAAGCUAUUUUAGUUAUAAUUAAGAACGAAACAAUUGUAGAGUACUGCGGAAAUAUUGAUUCAAACAGAUAUCUCGCUUAUAUGAUCGAAGAAUUCUUAGAACCAAAGCAUACCCUUAUCAUAGAUCAAGAUAGCUUACAAUCGGAGAUCGGAAAAGGCAAAAUGACCAUAUUAACAACAGGUUAUAACAGAAAAAUUGCCCAUCAAGUUUGGCAUUCAUUAGUACGAUCAUACGGACCAGUAUCUCUUGAAUUUAUGACAGACGAUGUAGCCCGCGGCAUCGGAAUUUCUCCACAAGACUUUGCUUAUUACAGAAUUUCCGAUUAUGAGCUUGAUGCCGUCAAAAUGGGAUCGGAUAUCGCUAAAAAGUCCGAUUCACAAAAAGUAGACUACGUUAAAAACCAAAUUCUUAACGCUCUUCGUAAUCCAACAUAUAAAACCCUUACAAUGCGAGAAAUCGUACAUUCUGACAAGCCAAUAGUUACAUUCCUUGUCCAGCGUGCUACAGAAGAUCACUUAGCCUUCUUAAACGAGCUCGGAAAGUAUUUCAGAGAUUUCGAGUUCGGAAUUCUUGAUCUAAACGCUUUUGGCGAAGUCUAUGGCUUUGUUGAAGGCGAUAAAACACACGACAACAUCGCAAUCUUCAGUAUCAAGCACCAAUACACAUAUAAUCUUUCGAAAUUCUACAAGACCGUUCCAGUUGAUAACUUUAGUGUAUCAACAUGGAUACAACCAUUUGUCAACUUCAUUUCGGAGAUUAGAAACAACAAACUCCAGCCAAACUACAAAUCAGAAAAUGAAAACGAAAUUGAUCCAGAAAAAAUAUUUGUUAAGCUCUAUUCGACCAACUACCAUGAAUAUCUCAACAACAACACCGAUAUCGAUGUUGUUAUGCUCUAUGUCAGGAAGAAUUGCAAAGCUUGUUCACUUGGAUUCAGACAACUGAAGCAGUUCAUCGAAAUGAACGAAAUGGCGAACAUUACGUCUGUUAAAUUCGCUUUUAUUGAUGUAUCCCGUAAUGGCGUCAAAGGCGGAUAUCCACAGCGUUAUGUAGAUCCACAUUUCGUUCUUUUCCCAAAGGGAAGAAAGAACAAUGAAAAUCCAGUUCCGAUGUUUGGAAUCCACACAUUUGAAGACUUCUUCCAGAUAUUGCCAAUUUACGCAACAAACUUCACAAUGUACGGAAAGCCGAAAUACCCUGGAGAUAAGACUUACAACGAAAUAGAGGACGCACUGAACUAUUCGUUCACGAAAGUUCCUUUCCACACACAUUUAGCUGCAAAGAAGUCUUUGAAGACAAUGUUGGAUUUGAAAGUUGUCAACGAAACAAAAGCUAAUUAA